CUCAAGCUCGCAUGCUGCCGAUGGACUUGGACCCUGCGCUGUCGUUCUGCACCCAUCUCUUGUACGGAUAUGCUGGCAUCCAGCCCGAUACGUACAAGAUGGUGCCUCUCAACGAGAACCUGGAUGUAGACCGCGCCCACGCAAACUACCGCGCCAUCACCAACUUCAAGACCAAGUAUCCUGGACUCAAAGUUCUUCUGUCUGUCGGAGGUGACGCCGACACCGAAGAGGCGCAGAAGUAUAACCUUCUUUUGGAAUCGCCGCAAGCUCGUACCGCUUUCGUGAACUCUGGCGUCCUCCUCGCCGAACAACAUGGAUUUGACGGCAUCGACCUCGCUUGGCAGUUCCCAAGGAUUAAGCCCAAGAAGGUCCGCUCCACUUGGGGAUCUAUCUGGCACGGUAUCAAGAAGACCUUCGGCACAACGCCCGUUGAUGACAAGGAGGCCGAGCACCGUGAAGGAUUUACCGCUCUCGUCCGCGAAUUGAAACAAGCGCUCAAUGUUAAGCCCAACAUGCAGUUAGCUGUUACUGUUCUACCAAACGUGAAUGCUUCUAUCUACUACGACGUGCCGGCCAUUAUCAACCUUGUUGAUAUUGUAAACAUCGAGGCUUACGACUACUUCACUCCUGAACGUAACCCCAAAGAGGCGGACUACGUGUCACCCAUCUACACUCCGCAGAAUCGCAACCCGCUGCAGAAUGUUGAUGCCGCUAUCAACUACUGGUUGCAGAGCAAUGCCCCAAGCAACAAACUCGUCCUUGGCAUUGCAUCUUACAGUCGCACAUGGAAGCUAGAUUCUGAGAGUGAAAUCUCAGGAGUUCCCCCAUUGCACACCGAUGGCGCUGGCGAAGCUGGUCCUUACACAAAGAUCGAAGGUCUCCUGAGCUACCCUGAAGUCUGCGCGAAGCUUAUCAACCCCAACCACCAGAAGGGAAUGCGUCCCCAUCUUAGGAAGGUCACCGACCCCAGCAAACGAUUUGGCACAUACGCCUUCAGACUCCCCGACGACAGCGGCGAAGGCGGUAUGUGGGUGUCUUACGAAGACCCCGACACCGCGGGACAGAAAGCAUCAUACGUCACAUCAAAGAACCUCGGCGGUAUUUCAAUCAAUGACCUCUCCAUGGACGAUUUCCGUGGUCUCUGCACCGGUGACAAGUACCCCAUCCUGAGGGCUGCCAAAUACCGUCUCUAAAUACUAUUAUUUAUAGAUAUAGUUAUCACUUAUCUCGUAGAUUGUAUAAUUACUCCUAUGUCCAAUGGGAACCAUUAGUAAGGUUACUUGUUUACAAUUUUGAAUUAUAAAGAAGUUAUUUAAACGAUUAAUUCUGAUGCAAUAGAACAUUAAACAAUUUAUACUAAAAUA